AGUAGGGGGGUGGUACUUCUCGGUGAUGCACUUCAUGCCGUUCUGCCAUGGGUGGGACAAGAAGGUGGCAUAGCUAUAGAAGACGCGGCGACUCUAGUAGAGUGUCUUGAGCGAGUUGAAACAACGGACGGUAUCCCAAAGGUCCUGAAAGCAUUUCAAGAAAUUCGAGAGCCGAGAUACAAGUUGGUUCAAGAACGGAGUUUCAUACAAUCCAAAAGAGAGACUGUUCCUGACGGACCAAAGCAAGAGGCGCGAGACAAGAAGUUCAAA